UGGACCCCGCUAUGCUCCGUCGCCUGGAGAAACGUAUCCUGGUACCAUUGCCGGGGAAGGAGGCGCGGGAGGCAAUGUUCCGGCACCACCUCCCGGAGUGCAUCACGGACCUUCAGGACGUAGGCCACACCAUCACCACGCAUCUGGAGUGUGAGCGGCUGGCAAAGAUGUCCGAGGGCUACAGCGGGUCGGAUCUGCAGGUGGCGUGCCGGGAAGCCUCCAUGGGCUGUUUAAGAAAGGGGUUCAACGUGCUGGAAGACCAUUCAGUUGAGGACUCGGAGCUGCCGGAGCUUAAGCUGGACGCCAUCAAGAUGCCAGACGUGGAAGCGGCGUUGCAGAAGACCAGGCCGACACAGAGCGACUCGCAGCUGUACCUGGAGUGGCACGCCAAGUACGGCUCGGCGUGAGGCGCGCGGAGGGCUGCCGAGGGACCUGACA